AUGCCUGUCUUCAAGACUGUGGACACAUUUUCUUCAGUACCAAAUCCUCCGAGCUCUAGUGGCUGCCAGGCGAAACUCGUUCAAGUGCAACCAAUUAUCCUUGAAAAAAACAAGUCUGACAUAAAUGGUAGUAGCAAUAGUGGUGAAGUGGAAGUACCUGUUAAACAAACAAAAUCAGUGAAGUACCUGAGCAGUGACAAUAAAGAAAAUGAGUUCUCAACAAGUAAAAUUAGAAAUUCUGAUCUUUUCAUUCAACCCACAUCAUUCUAUAAAUCAACCAGAGCAGAAAUCAAUAACAAAGAAUCCACAAUUACUGAAAAUAAUAUCGCAAGUAAUAAGUUUACUUUCUUUGGAGGCGUUAAAAGAAGUCGCUCAUCAAGUAUAGAAACUACAAAAAGACACCGCAGCACAAGUUCGAAUAAGCCAAAAGCAAAGAAAGCAAAACUAUCAAAGAGAAUGAGGCUUGGAGAAAUAAAUGUAGGUGUAAGACAUGGUAUUAAAAAACCUAAACCUAAGAAAAAAAGUGUGACAAUAAAACCAUUCCCGAAAAUACCAAAAAUUAUGCCAAGUGACAGAAUUAAAGCUCUCUCUGAUACUCCCUUGGUGAAGCAGGGUUCACAACAGCUACUAAGGGGAGCCCCCAGCACAGCUUCACAGAGUUCACAAAUUACUCCCACAAAAAAGAUACCAUCUCCUAAAAAAAUUCCAACUCCUCCUCCAGAUCCUACAAAGAAAUUUUUUAAGACCAAUCGAACAUUGCAUAUCAGCAAGAAGGCAACAGUGACAAUGGAGAACAAUGUGAAGGUGGAAGUGAGGCAUGGAAAAUUCCUUCUUCCUAAGAAGGAAAUAAAAAAACAAAGCACAGUUUUGAAAGGCAACCCUUCAGCACAAAAAAGACCGAAUAUCAUUUUUGAGCCUAUGGAUGUUGAUGAUACACCACAAGAUAUGCUUCAAGACAAAGUCAGUGAUACUGUUAAUGCUAUCCUUGACUGCCUUGACACAGAUGGCCCCAAAGAGGCAUGUGGCACAGAUAUUCAAAAUAUUACUGUUGCUGAUGACUGUUUGGAUGUAACUGAAAACCAUAUUGCUUCUUGUGCCUCAAAACAACAGCCAUCUCCUAGGCAACAAGGAAAUUUAAAUGCUGGUGCCAUUUUGAGUCCACAAGUUAUAGAAAACUUAGAAUUGGAUACUACCUGCAGUACUUUUGCAUGCACAACACCCAGCAGUAUUACAGGCCUACAGGUGUGUGGUAAUGAGGGGGAGGUUGGAAUGCAGGCCAAUUGCACUAGUGCUUCUGUUGCAACUCAGAAUGUGGAUAAAGAUGUUAAAUUGUAUCCAAUUUUCUAUCAGGACCACACACAGAAGUAUAGCAGUAUGACACCAGCUUUGAAAAAGGAUCAUGCCAGUAGGAAAAGAAAAUGGCAGAUGGUUGGAAAUGAUCAGUACCAAAUUGAUGCCGGGCAGAAGAAAUUUGUAGCAACUCAAUGCAAAGAAUGUGGUAUUGUUUACCAACUUGGAGACUGGGAAGAUGAGAUGGCCCAUGAGAACUAUCACAAUAAUGCAUCUGCUCUUAAGUUUUGUGGCUGGAGAGAUGAAAAAUGUCCAACAACUGAAUUUUUCUCAUUCUGGUGCUACUCACCAUCAACAUGA